UAGUUGUGUAGGUCCUAUGAUACAGAUAUGAGUAGACUAUAUCGUCUGUAGACAAUGUAUGCAGAGUCAGUGGUUGGAUUUACCCUGCUCUAUAUCCCUGCUGCAGCUAGACACCGAGUAAUUCCCGUUAAUGCGGAUAAUGCCUAGGACACAUUGCGCGCUGCCUGCGACGCACAGCUCUCCUUGGAGGAUUUGGAGGGUGCUCGUGUCACCCACCAAAAGAAGAGGGACCGUGGACACAGACAUUACUCCGCCAUAACAAGAAGUAACUUUUGGAUUCAACAUGUAGCUAUCGGCUUUUAAUAAUUUAGACAGCACAGUGAAGUUUAUUUCUCAUUUCUUAUGUGAUGUAGUUACGCUUUUUACGCACAGGACUCAUGAGUUAGUAAGAAGUUCACAGAUGAUGCUACUUGGAGGAGAUUUGGAGAGUGCUUGUGGGAGUCAAUGGAAUAAACACACACAUAAAAGUGAAGUCUGAAGUAUAUUACGAUGGACCCCUAUGGCUCUACACUGAAUCGGAGUCACUCUUUGGCCAGUGGUUUGGAGAAAACAUCCCCCACAUGGAACAAGCCCCCGCACUCUCGCAGCAGCAGCACGGUCUCCUCCCCUCACUCCAGACUGAUCAUCAAAGACUGGGAGAUAAUAGACGACCUCCAUGUUGAAACAAAUGCAGCAGGUGACAGUCUUCAGGACAUGACAACUCCAGGCAUAUGUGAGGGAUACCUACUCAAGAGGAGGAAAUGGCCACUAAAGGGCUGGCACAAGAGGUAUUUUGUGUUAGAAGCUGGGAUUUUGAGAUACUCCAAAAGUCAACAUGAUGUCUCAAGAGGACGCGUCCAGGGGUCACUAGAUGUUAGCCACGCGGUCAUGUCAAUAAAUAAAAAAUCCAAUCGUAUUGAUUUAGAUGCUGGGGAUAUUCUUUACCAUAUGAAGGCCAAAAACCAUGAACUCUUUUACAUUUGGGUGACAAAGCUUCAAGCCCAUCGUUCAUACAAAAAAAAUUCACAAGUUCACAGUGGGUUCCUCCAGUCCCUGACGAACAACACCAUUAUAACCAAUGGAAUUACAAGCUCCAAACACCUGACUGUCCCUAAUGCACCAAAGCCCCCCUCACCGUACACAGCGGUGAACAGCAAAGUAUCGGCAUGGCUUCAACAAUCACACGCACCAGAGACGUGUGCUCAAGAGUUGAACCGGUGCCAUUUGGACUUGUCCGAGUUAAACCGUUUAAUCCAGAGGCUGCAGGCUCUGGAAACUGGCCAAAUCAUAGGUAAUGGAGAUCUGCAGCGGAUCAUUAGCAUACAGAAUUUGUCACUUGAAAAGCCCAAAAGACCGAGGUCAGCAAAAAUGUGGGGUCAUUCUCGCACUCUGUCAAGAGUAGAAGCCCUGGGACUGCCUGUUCGCGGGAUGCCCAAAUCUCUGUCCUCCACUCACUUGAGUAGCUCCUCUCAUCUUGAGGCUUCGGUCCCGUCUAUACCGGACUAUGUUUACUCACAGUUAGCUCCGCCCUCAGCUCUAUCCCCUGAGAGCAAGAAACUACAGCAGGACAUCUGCAGCACAUCACUGCGAGUGCUUUCUUCCCUGAAGUCAGUCCAUGAGACCCUCUCACAGGAGCGCCAAAAACUUCAAGAAGUUUGGGAAACAAACAACUUGGACCACCUCACAUUACCUGCAACUGAGGCCAUCAGGUCCCGUGGUGCUCCAUCUGUGGCAGAUUCAGCAGCUGAAUAUUUUGAUGCCAGUGAUGAUCUCCGGUGUGUGAGUUCAUCUGAGGUCACAGACGAAUCUGGACUCAGUGACGGGAGCACCACAAACUCUGAGCCGGAGGAAGGCCAUGCAUUGGCCACUCGUAAAUAUCGUGCCAGCAUUUCCAAAGCUCCUCACAGUGUCCCCCCCAAAAGCACAGGACGACGGACUACACUGCCCGCAUACUGUCCCGACAACAGCCAUGUGGGCCUAGUAGCUAUCCUCUACAACAACAUAGGUAAGGAUCUGGCUCGAGUGUCGAUGCCCGCUGCCCUGAAUGAACCGGUGAAUCUGCUACAGAGACUGUGUGAGGAGCUGGAGUACAGUGAGCUCUUGGACACAGCUGUCAACACACCAGACCCCUACCACAGGAUGGUUUACAUUGCUGCCUUUGCCAUCUCCGGUUACUCCACGGCCACUUUCAGAAACCGUUAUAAACCCGUCAACCCGGUGCUCGGAGAGACAUUUGAGUGCAUACGAGAGGACCGUGGCUUUAGGCUCAUCAGUGAACAGGUUUGCCACCAUCCUCCCAUUUCAGCCUGUCAUGCUGAGUCGGACAACUUCAGCUUCUGGCAAGAUCAAAGGUGGAAGAAUAAAUUCUGGGGGAAGUCCCUGGAAAUCUUGCCGACGGGAAUGGUCAACGUCACACUCCCAAAAUAUGGGGAUCAUUAUGAGUGGAACAAGGUGGUGACGUGCAUUCAUAACGUCUUCAGUCAGCAGAGAUACCUGGAGCACUAUGGAGAGGUCACAAUUCAAAACCUCAACAGCAGCAUCUGCACCUGCAAGAUCACGUUUGUCAAGUCUCGCUAUUGGGGUUCGGACACAAACAAAAACGAGGUGCAGGGGACAGUGUUGGACGAGAGUGGGAGCGUCAUUCACAGAUUCGGGGGUCUGUGGCAUGAGGGUAUCUUCUGUGACACUCUGCCCUCUCCCAAAUGUGUCUGGAAACCAAACCCACAGCCAAAAGAUCACCUGUUGUAUUAUGGCUUCUCUUCUUUUGCAAUGGAAAUGAAUGAACUGCCCCCAGAGCUGGAGCCGUUCCUGCCUUUAACCGACACAAGACUGAGACCAGAUCAAAGAAUGUUGGAAGAGGGCCUGGUGGACGAAGCAGACAGAAAAAAAGAUGAGAUCGAGGAACUUCAGAGGCUGCGAAGGAAGGAGCUCUCCAAAAAGGGGGAAGAGCAUGUUCCUAGAUUCUUCAAGAAAACGAAGGACCAGUGUGGUCGGGACGUGUGGGUGACCAAUGGGACUUACUGGGAUCUCAGGGAGGACCCGGGUUUUGCAAGUUUAGACUGUCUAAAGCUUUGGUGACUUUGCUAUUUACCUGCAUAUUUAAAGAAACUGUUUUAAAUAUUGAAAUACAGAAAGCAUUUAUGAACCAGUGAAGGGGGAUAUGCUCAUGUGUUUUUAGACUAUUCUUAUAACAUACAAACCAUGACCGGCUCAUGGAAAGUGUCUGCUAGUCAGAUCAAAGUCAUUUCAACUUAUCAUAUAUUCUAAUGUAUGUUAAAUGAAAAAGGUUCCCA